AUGCCAAAAUAUAAACGAAUAAAAGAGACGAAGUAUUCAUUAGCUGAUCUAAUAGAAGCCGUCGAAAACGUACGACAAAAAAAAAUUAAUAGCUACCAAACCUCCGUAAAAUACGGAAUACCAAGGUCAACCAUUAUUCACCGUUUAUACGGAACACGCGGUGCCAAACAGCCAACACCUGGCAGACCUACUGAAUUGUCAAAAGAGUGGGAAACUAAAGUAGCUUCUAAUCUCCAUGUGAUGGAAAAAUGUGGGUAUCCAUUAACCUCCAAGGAAGUAAUAAUAUCGGUAUCUGAUUAUAUUCGAAGGAACGGAAUCGUUACGAGAUUUAAAGAUAACUAUCCCGGGAAGGAAUGGUUUAGAGGAUUUAAAAAACGAAACAAAUUAAGUUUAAAAAAGCCGCAGUCUUUAGAAAUAGCUCGAAAAAAAGCAUGUGAUCCUUUCAUAGUUAACGAUUAUUUCGAUAUGUUACAAGGAACAAUACAAGAGUGUGGUUUAGCUGACAAACCGCAAUGUAUAUAUAAUUUGGAUGAAACCAGCUUUUGUAGUGACCCCACCAAAACUAAAGUUGUGGGUCUGAUGGGGUUUCCCUCUACUAGAACGACAGGCUCUCCUGGGAGGAAUAACACCACUGUACUCUUAGCUACGAAUGCACUUGGCAAAAAGAUCCCACCCUUAAUAAUAUUUCAAGGGAAACAUCUGUGGAGCGAGUGGCUGUUUAAAAAUGAUAACAUUCAUACAGCUUACGCUGUCAGUAAAAAAGGGUGGAUGGAGACCACCAUUUUAGAACGUCAGAACAUCAAAGCCGUUUUUUUGCCAGCUAUCGGAGCAGAACGACCAGUCUUAUUGGUCUAUGAUGGCCAUAAGACACAUGUAGAUUUGAAUGUCAUAGACCUUCUAGUUGCCGAAAACAUUACGGUUCUUAAACUACCGGCUCACUCAUCCCACAUACUGCAGCCAUUAGACUGUAGUACAAUGAAACCUAUGAAAGACAAAUGGGACUGCGAACUUGUGAAAUGGCAAAGACUCCAUGUGGGAGCAAAACUCCCAAAACAAGAAUUAGCCAGAAUCAUAACUAAUACAUGGAAUGAUUUAAAUCCUGUUAUCAUUCAAAACGGCUUCAGGAAAGCGGGCAUAUGCCCUUUAAACAAAGAUGCAAUCCCAAAAAGAAAAUUCGACAGUCUGGCAUGGUCAAGAUGGAAAGAACACCAGCAGCAAAAAAAACAAGCUUCGUAA